AUGCCGUGUUCAUUUCGAGCCCGUGUAAACCAACUUUGGUCUAUAUGGUACACUAUAGUAAUGGUACUUCUACAGACUUACUUAAUUUAUCUUGGUUUCGAACGUUACCGGUUAUAUUCGGAAAUGAAAUGGCCUCAUGGUGCCUAUCCAAGCCUAUGGUUAAGUGUUUAUGUUGUACUGUAUUCCUCAUGCAUACCUGGUUUACUAUUGUUUAUGGCAUUUGGAAUAUUCAAAUCUGGCAAUGUUGCUGGCGAUAACGAUCGACUUGGUGCUCGAAUUGAUCGUGUUAUUGAAAUUACUCGGAAUUCAUAUAGAAAAGGAAGAUGCUCACUUUUGCAAUGCAUCAAGUCAUUGUGGCAGCAUGCACCACCGUUGCCACAACUUAUUCAUCUAUUGAUGGCGCUUUUUCAAUUGUUUGCCCAACAAGUGAUGUUAUCACAACUUUAUCGAUAUGGCUUCAUCAAUUCCGGUGAUUUUUUGAACACAGAACUCGAUUUCGUGUAUCAGCGCGCUCGACAACUGGCGGCAAAUCUGCCUAUGCUGGAUAAUCGAUUGCAGGGUUUUCGUAUAUCGGCACAGGAUUUGGCUGCUACACCAAUCAGUCCUAAUUUAUUACCAAUAUUGAUGCAUGCUCGUUUGUUUGGCAUACCGCUGGAAUUCGUCAAUUUACUGAUUGCACUAUUCGUCUACACGUGUGCUUAUUCAGCAGUUUUCUGGCAUACCAACAAGCCAUUUAGUUUUAUAUUUUCUCUUCAUUUAUUGAUUUACUCGACGACAAUCAUUUGGUCUUAUCUCGGCUUUAGUGUUCUUCAUCGUAUACAAGAAACAAGCUACUCUAGUAUCCGACCGAUCGGUCUCGGGCAAUAUUUGAUCUCUUCACGUCCCUUAAAAAUUUAUCAUCCAUCCGCAAUUAUUGCCACCUAUGUUAUGACGAUUGUGCUUAUUAGUAUUGCACCUGUUGCAUUGUAUAUGUAUGGUUACAGCAAAUAUUUUAUAAGUAUGUCAAAUGUGCGGCAGAAGAGUGCCUUUCAAAAUCAGACUAGCAGUAUUAAUGGUGCGCAGAGUGAGUAUUCAGAAUAUCGUCUCCGAAGCUCAUCCAAGGUGCCACAAGCGAGACUAUGUUGUGAUGGUUAUGCACCUCACAUAUUUGCAAUAAUUUUGCUUGUUUUAAUUGUUAUAACCAAAGCUCCAACUAUAUAUGCCCAUAUGGUUAUCUAUCAGCAUGAGGAAAAGGCGUUAUUGUUAUCUUGUAUCGUUGUUGAUAUUGUUUUCCUCUUUGCUUGGAUUAUUCUCUGGCUUAUACUUACACUUAAAAGAGAUUGGAAUUUCAAAGUUUUUCAUCAAGUGCAUGAAAUUAUUGCUUUGCAAAAUGGGCCUCAAACGAUGAUAGCUUCGCCCAAAAAAAUCAUGGAAAAGAAACCAUCUGAAUUAAAAAAUUCAUUGAUAUUAAUGCAUGGUGACCAGAUGUAUCUUACGGAUGAUACCAUAGCUAAAAAGUCAUUAUUACGACAAACACAGAAAAACGUGAUUGGCACUGCAAGCGAAGAUAUUUACUGGUUGAAAGGAAAUAAUAUGCAGUCACCCACAACGAGAAGAGUUCCACAAUGUGAAAGUGUAAAAGAAACAUUGGAAAUGAAUCGGCUGCUUGGUCCAUCUGCAGUUCAUCGGCAAAGUAGCGACGGAAACUCAUCACCUACUGCUACUUACCAUACGAUUUCUCAUACCAUACAAUCACAAAUGACGCAUCCAUCGCGACAGCGGAUUAUAAUGAAUAUUCCCAAAUAUUCCAGUGAGGCAAAAGUUUCAGCAAAUGUAACAAUGCCCGGCAAUACGUUUGCAACAUUCCAGCGAGCUCAAGGAUCGGAGUUUGCAUUUGGUAGCAGUCGGCAAAUGAUGCAAAACCCCCGAAGACCAUCCCUACAAAAUUCGAUGAGCGCAUGCACUGGAAACAAUACUUCUGAUAUUACACCUUUGACGCAACAGGAAGCAUAUGCUUCAAUUCUCAAAAACCGGACUGGACAAACAGAAACAAUAACAAGACGUGGUUCCAAAGAUGACGGAGCAGUUAACACUGGGUUUGGAAAUGUGAGUGUUUCAUAUGGAACACAUGCGACUUAUGGUCGACCUCAGAAUCAGCAAUUAAUGCAACAAGCUGCUGUUCAAGCUGCUCAGGUAGCUCAAGUGAGUCGAAAUAAGGACACUGUUUAUAACAGAACACAGACUAAUACAUCGCAGAAUGUGUUGGAGAGUGGGCCAACUUCUUCAGUGCUUUCAAUCCGAAGUAGUCCCGUCGCUGAAAAUCGUUUAGGUACACGCACAUCUAUUUCCAGCAGGGAACAUUCGCCGUAUCAAAGAGUUCCCAACCUAAAAUUAUCAUCAUUCAGUAGUGUUAUUCCUGCUGUUGAUUCGCAUAAGCUAAUUAAUAUCGAACAACAGCAACAGAACUGUGGUGCUGGAUGUAUCUAUGGAAACUGGUCACAACAGCGACAAAUUUCACAGAUCUCUCAGGCAGUGGAUUGGUGUCCCUCAUCAUAUGAUAAGAUUUCAUCGACAAUUCAGCAGGAACAGUGUUGCACUCCCACAUCGACACUAACUAGUCAAGGCAGUGCAAGUAACUGUUCGUCACAACAAGCACCUACGCCAGGAUCGCCCAAUUCACAAAAUAUUUAUAGCGGAGGACGAUUUGUAAGUAGUCGCACAACUGGUACUAUUAAUCUUCACGGUAAUUUGGGUUCUGAGUACGGUACUUCACAUCUGGGAGACAGUGAUCGAGAUCGAACGUUGAGAGCUCAACAGCAAUCAAAAUCAUCGCAUACCACAAUUGUUAGUGGGAGUACGUCGACACGACAUCAAAUUAAGGUUAGCAUUGGCGGUUCACGUCAAGAUGAUUCAGCUAAUUACAGUUUAACAUCUAGUAAUGAAUCUACAGAAAAUGCUCGUCUUAGUGGACAAACAAAUCGCAUUAUGGAUUCAACUGAAUUUGCGACCAGUAUUGUUUGA